GAAACUUUGUAUUGGCGAAACCUUAGUAGUAGAAAACGGCUAGUAGUGUGCGUUCGUGGAGUUGAAAACUGGUUCCGUCAGAGCUUUUUGGUACAGAAAGGUUGUGUUUGACUGUCGAUUGUUGAAAUUUUUUUUUUUGGGAAUUAACAAUAGCCGCCGUUCCGUGAAUUCAUCGAUCGAUACCCAAAGGUUUUAUUAGUGUAUUGUGAAAGAAAAGUGAGAAGAACGGAUAUCUGUACUGGUAACCGGUAACCAUCGCUACAUUUUUGAAGAAAUUGACGGUUUUCGUUGUUGACUGUAGACACUGGCAUAUACUGUUGAUUACUGCUGAAUACUUUGUGCUGCCAAUACUCACUAGACUUGGCGAGUACUCCCGGUCCGUCGUCUCUAAAAAAUUGAAUAAGAAUGAUCUCGCUGACGAAUUGUUCUCGUUUACCCGCACGGAAUGCGGUUGCAGCUCGAUUCAUGAGUUCCUUGCCCAUACGCAGCAGAGGACCACUAGUAGGCAUUGUAGGAUCCGGACCAUCGGCCUUCUAUACCGCUUACCGACUUUUGCAAAAGAACCCUGACACGCGCAUUGAUAUGUACGAACGAAGACCCGUUCCGUUUGGCCUCGUUCGAUACGGUGUCGCUCCUGAUCAUCCUGAAGUAAAGAACGUCCAAAACAAAUUUGCUGAAGUUGCUAAUUAUCCUCACUUUCGUUUCGUGGGAAACGUACAUGUCGGCAAGGACGUUAAACUAAAGACGCUUGCGCAGAAUUAUGAUUGCCUCGUCUUGGCUUAUGGGGCAAGCGGUGAUCGUGUUUUGGGAAUCCCCGGAGAGGAUCUGUCGGGUGUUCUCUCCGCUCGACAAAUUGUAGGCUGGUACAAUGGAUUGCCGGAGUGCCAAGAUGUAAACCUUGCUAUGGAUAAAGUCCGGGACGUUGUCAUUGUCGGUCAGGGAAACGUUUCUCUUGACGUUGCUCGAAUGCUCAUGACGCCGCCCGACAAACUUGCUCACACAGAUGCUAGUCCACGUUUUCUAGAUGCAAUGAGAAACAGCACAAUUAAACGCAUUACACUCGUGGGCCGCCGUUCGAUCGAGCACCUCCCCUGCACUUUGAAGGAAUUGCGAGAGCUAUUCGCUAUAGAAAAUGCAGCGUACAAUCCAUUUACCAUCCAUCCAGUGGAUUGGGACAAAGUAAUGAAACAAAAAUUUGACCGUGCACGCAAGCGUCUGUUAACGUUUCUGUAUUCCAAGCAAGAAACGAAGAGUGAGGAAACCGCCGGAGCCAUCGUCUGGGGCUUCGAAAACGAGCUUACUCCUGCUCAAGUACUCGGUGAUGGCAACCGAGCAGCUUCUAGCAUUCGUUUUCAUGACAACAGGCCUAGUUCACAACAGGACAAGGCUUUUCAUGAGUUGCCCGCACAACUUAUCAUUCGCAGCAUAGGGUAUAAGAGUGAGCCGCUUGAUGGAUUGGAAACAGUGGGGACCCAUUUUGACCUGAAGAAAAAUGUCAUUCGUAACGAGAAUGGUCGUGCAGCCGCUGGCAUUUACACGAGCGGUUGGUUGAAGAACGGGCCUAUUGGAGUGAUUGCAGUGACCAUGAUGGAUGCAUUCGGCACGGCCGACAAAAUACUGAAGGAUUGGGAAACCGGAACUUCUUUCCUCGAAAACAGCGGACGCGGUUGGCAAGCUAUUGAACACGAGUUACAACACCCGUAUGUAACAUGGGAUGACUGGAAAAAGAUUGAGUUGCACGAAAAAACAGGCGGUCAAAGAAGAGGAAGUCAUUCUGCAAAAUUUUUGUCUUGGGAAGACGCUUUAAAAGCUAUCGGAAAACUUGAAUAGCGUUGAGGGAGUCCAUGGACAGAUGUAAUGAGUACUCCUGUAUCAGAAAAGUUGGACGUCUCAUUACCAAAACUUUUUUUCCCUACUCUUGUCGAUAACGAGGAUUGCUUUGAACGCUCAGAGAAGAGCCAGAAGGAGCCUGUUGAACACCGGUAUAGUUUGCAAGAGAACGCUCCGCAUCGCGCUUGCCUCCAUGUGCUCGUCCAUAACCUAUGUAUGUUAGCAAAAGGUGAACAAAAAGCAUCAACAGUAACUCCAAUUGCCUACCACCACGACCGGGAUCAAACUCUUCACGAAUUUCAUCACGAACUUGUCCGCCAGAGGCACCACGACCAUAUUGGCGGCCUUCUUCGUAACCAGGGUCCAAAUCAGCACGGAUAAUACGCUCAUCCAGAGCCGUUCCAGAAACGUACUUGAGGCUGUCGAGAGCAUCCUCGUGUGUAUAGUACUCAACAAAACAAAAUCCACAAGGUGUCUACACCAUGUCGUUAGUAUGUGUAAAUUGUUUCACAGCAACUUCUUCACUAGCAAGAAUGAAGAGAAACCACGAGACCCACCUUCGUAAAACGAUCAAUUCCCAUAAUAAUACGUUUAAUUUCACCGCA